GUCUGUGCGGGGUCGUUGGCCGGGCCUUGGCGGGGAUCUCUGCGGCCCUACUGAGGGUGGGAUGUGGAGGACGGCCUUAGGGGUGUUCUCGUCGUGGGUUUAGCCCGCCCGGUGCUUUUUUUUCCUCUCAGAACUGGCGUGAGAAAUGUCUCAGCGGAAGCGCAGCAGAGGGCUCGGCUCCUCUCAGAUGACCGAUGGGGAGGAUGAUACAAUCCCGACCCAGGUGGAGCGUCGCUCUCAGGACCAGGUGAACCAGAAGGUGAGUGAGCUGGUUCAGUUCCUGCUUGUGAAGGACCAAAAGAAGAUUCCUAUCAAGAGGGCAGAUAUGCUGAAGAAUAUAAUCCGGGAAUACAAGGAUGCCUACUCGGAAAUCGUCAACAAAGCGGGCAGGACCCUGCAGGAGGUGUUUGGGCUGCAGCUGGUGGAGAUCGACACUAAACGCCACAUCUACAUCCUCAUCAAUAACCUGCCCCACGCCGAGGGCCAGUACCUGUGCAGGGACAAGGAGAAGGAGAAGAUGGGGCUCCUCUUGGUCAUCCUCAGCUUCAUCUUCAUGAAGGGCAACUCAGUCAAAGACAGCGCUUUGUGGGAAUUCCUGCACCUGCUCCGUGUGUACCCAGGGUAGGAUUUUGGGGGGAAGGGGGGCACACACGGAAUUGGGGGGACGGGGCUGGGCAGUGCCACCCCUCACCGAACCCGCCCCACCCUCAGGAAGCAGCACAGCGUGUUCGGGGACGUUCGCAAGCUGGUGACAGAGGAGUUUGUGCGGCAGAAGUACCUGGAGACCACCCCCAUCCCCCUGACGGAUCCCCCCGAGUUCAAAUACCAGUGGGGGCCACGGGCAGAAAAGGAAACGUCCAAGAAGGACGUGCUCAACUUCGUGGCCAAG